ACACAGACGGCAGUGUUGAGAAUCAGCCCAUGAUUCCCACACUGUUUGUACAGUUUCAUCUAAUACAUCAAGUCCCAAAAUUUAACGUUUUGUGGUCUGGUGUGUUUCUCUGCAGGGUCAAGAAGCCAAUACUAUCGGAACCGAACGGCUCGGGAAUCGUUCAGCCCAUUUCUUCCUUUGCGGCAGAAAAAUAGAUUAGCUCCGAAACGCCUACGAGGUCAUGACUGACAUUUACCCGAUAAAUGGCAAGGACGAUGGUCUGGAUGUGGAAGACGGCCAGCUCAAGGAGGCCCUAAAAGAUCUGGAGACAUGGAGGGCUAAAGCAGAGAAAGCUGAUGAUGUGAAAGCCAGGCUAAUUUUGGAAAAACUGGAAGAAGAUGAUGCCAAGACAAAGGCCCAGCAGGAAAUGGUGGUUUGCGUCGAAAAGCAAGAGGAUUCCCAGAAGGAAUUCACUCGAAGUACUAAUGCACUGCAGGAUGAAAUCCUGAAGCUUGGUAAACGCAGACAGGAUUUGCUGGACGAACUGAAGAACCAUCAAGCUGAGCUGGAGGCUAAGAGGGCGGAAUCCAUCAAACUGAAGCAGAAAUUCAAGAUCUACGUCCAGAUUCCGGACACAGAGGUGAAGUUUUGGGGUCAGAAUAAAGAUGAGAGGGAGGAUGACAGUCAGGUAAUCAGAGGAGUGUUCUCCAUCAGCCAGAGACCCACUGUGCUCCUGCAGGGAGGACAGGCACUCAUUACUUUCGAAGAGGAGAAAGUGGCCUCUAAAAUGCUGAAGAUUCCCAAGUGCUCUGUCUCCUGUGACAACGGUUGUUUGGAUACGAAACCAAAAAAUAUUACCUUGGAUCCUACUGUUAAGUUUGAGGUCAACCUUGACGUUUCCAGAAAGAAGCUCAAAGUUUCCAACAUCCCCUCUACCAUGUCACUGGAGAGAAUGGCUGACCGACUGGAGAUGAGUUUCUCUAAGCCUAGCAGAGGAGGCGGAGAAGUGGACUGUGUGGAGUAUGAUCAGAACACUGGGACAGGACAGAUCACCUUUCUCCAACCUGGAGUUGCAGAGAACCUGGCCCUGAGAGGAGAGUACCGUGUCGAUCUGGACUCUGAAGUGAACGUGCAGGUUGAAACGGUUUACAAAUACCAGCUGUGCAAGUUUCAGACCUUCUGUGGCUCUCCAAAGCGAUCCAUCCUCCUGGAUGACAUUGCGGACAUAGAGGAUGAGGAGGACCUACAGGAUCACUUGGAGAUCCAUUUCCAGAAGCCAAGCAACUAUGGUGGUGAGAUAGAGUGCAUCAAGUACAUCUCCAAGGGGAAGGCUCUGCAGGCCUUUUUUUCUCUGUGAGGACACCGUAGAGAUGGAAGACUUACUUUUAUCAGCAGGAGGCAAACCUCUUAUGGCUAAACCAUUAAAGAAAAGUAAAAAGACUUAGUAGCCUAACUGUUAGAAGUAGAAAAUAGUGUUUGAAAUAUGUUUUUAUGUGUGAAUAUGUGUCCAAAUUAGAGGGAUACAUUUUGGAAAAUGUACCUAUUUGCAGUGCUGCUAAGAUUCAGGUAGAUUACACUGUCCUCUUAGCAUUCAGUAGAAGGUUUGCAUUUAAUUAUGUUAUUCAUAUCAUAAGGUGAGGGUGUUUUGAUGGUGUUAGGUGACAUACAAAGACCAUUGCCAUGUAACUUAAAAUGUGUCCUUUCACAUAUAUGUAGAAAACUGUAUGCAUGUGUAUCUCAAUAUCUUGAUUAAAUGUUGAUUAGAUGUCUUGUCCCGUUAAGCAGGAGCUGACACCCUCAAUCACAUCUGAAAUAACAUAUCGUAUGUGUUUUUGGUUUCUUAAUGAUACACAACAACCUCGGAAUCCAGUCUCAGUUGUCGAGAGAUCUCACUAAAUAAUGUCAUAAUCAUUAUAGAGAGGAGAGGCUGUGUUGAAAUGAAAGAAAUAAACAUUUAUCAGAUGACAGCACUGA